AUGAACAAAGCGUUAAGCCAAGUUUCCAAAUCACCCAUCACAAGGAAUAUAGAAGAUGCGAUUCUUCCUCGGCGAUUCCACCAGCCUACAUUCACCCUGUAUGAUGGUCAGUCAGACCCAAUAGAACACGUUAGCCAUUUUAGCCAAAAGAUGACUAUCUACUCCAGGGAUGAGGCCUUGAUGUGCAAGGUCUUUCCAUCAAGUUUGGGUUCGAUGGCGAUUAGAUGGUUCAAUGGUUUAAGGGCCACUUCUAUUGAGUCCUUCAAAAAGCUUACCCGGGCUUUUGGCGCUUGCUUUAUCACUUGCAGUAGGGUUCCUCGGCCUUUGGGAUCCUUGUUGUCUAUGUCCAUGCGAGAAGGCGAGACUCUCAAAACUUAUUCAGAUAGAUACUGGGAAAUGUUUAAUGAAAUAGAGGGAGAGCAUGAUGAUGUGGCCAUAAGUACUUUCAAAGUUGGCCUUUCAACUGAUCAUAAUUUAAGGAAAUCUUUAACUGGUAAACCUGUUACCAGUGUACACCAAUUGAUGGAUAGGAUAAGUGCAGAAGAGUAG